AUGUCAGCACUCCGCCUCUCUCCGUCGAUACCUCCGGUUUCCCUCUCCGCCAAACAUCCCCUCCUCCAUUUCUCUCUCCGAGCAACGCCGCUCGUCUCCCGACGGUUCCGGAACCUGAACACCGCCUCCACCACGCGGCUGACCGUCACCGCCAAAUCCAACGGGAGCAGCGACUCCGCCGACGCCGGGGACAGGAUAAUCUCCGCCCUCGUCUACUUCUACCCGUUCUUCGACGGGAUCCAGUACGGGAAGUUUGUAAUCACCCAGUUCGCACCCAUCCAAACCUUCAUCCAGCCGCUGGUACCAGCGAUUAAGGUCUUCAAGGGCUUCCCGCUCAACGGCUUCCUGGUGUUCCUCACCCUCUACUUCGUCGUGGUCAGGAAUUCCAACUUCAGUAGGUACGUGAGGUUCAACACGAUGCAGGCGAUUGUGCUGGAUGUGCUCUUGAUUUUCCCUGAUUUGUUGGAGAGGACUUUCAAUCCCAGGGAAGGGUUGGGGUUGGAUUUGGUGAUGAGCCUGGAUAGCACUGUGUUCUUGUUCCUUUUGGUUAGCUUGAUUUAUGGGUCCAGUUCGUGUUUCCUGGGGCAGCUCCCCAGAUUGCCCAUUGUUGCCGAUGCUGCCGACAGGCAAGUCCUUUGA